AUGGUGGCGCACGGAUACAUUUCUUCUCAGGAUGCUCGGCGAGAGUGCUCCAAGGCCGUCUUCCACAGCAGCGAGGCCCGCUCGGGCGAGGUUGAGCGGGCGCCCGAGGUUCCCGGCGGCGGCGCGGCCAGCUCGGGCGAGGUGGAGCCGGCGCCUCGGCGAGAGUGCUCCAAUGCCGUCUUCCACAGCAGCGAGGCCCGCUCGGGCGAGGUUGAGCGGGCGCCCGAGGUUCCCGGCGGCGGCGCGGCCAGCUCGGGCGAUGUGGAGCCGGCGCCUCGGCGAGAGUGCUCCAAGGCCGUCUUCCACAGCGAUCUCGAGCGGGCGCCCGAGGUACCCGGCGGCGGCGCGGCCAGCUCGGGCGAGGUGGAGUCGGCGCCCGAGGCCGUCUUCCACAGCGAGGUCGAGCGGGCGCCCGAGGUACCCGGCGGCGGCGCGGCCAGCUCGGGCGAGGUGGAGCCGGCGCCCGAGGUUCCCGGCGGCCUCGCGACCUACCCGGAAGACGUCGAGCAUCCGCCCCAGGGGCCCCACUGCGGCGCGGCCUGCUCGGGCGAGGGGCAGCGCGAGCUACUGGGUCACAGCGGUGCUCGACCACCCAAGGUUGCGCUCGAUUUUGGCAUGGUUGAGCAGUCGUACGAGGUUCAAGGUGGCGGAUCCCCCACUCCCCUACGACCUCUUCCUCCCGCGGAUGCGAUGGAUUCUGCUGCUGCUCCACAGCCCCAGCAACCUCCAUCGGGUUCAAGGAUAAAAGGUAUAUCAUAUCGAUCUAAUGCAGAAAACACACAUUCUUCUAGACGCAGUUCUAUUGCCAUGAGCGCUGCUCGUGUCAAGUGCAGAUACCGUCAACUCAAGAUCCAAAAAUCUCAGACCAAUCAGAAGGGAAGGAGCUUUAAAAUCAAUUGCAGAUGCCAACCCAAACAUGUGGUCAACAUGGUUACACAAUUUGAUGAGCAGAAGAAGGAGCUAGUUCGGCAGACUGGAUUUGGUGGCAUACUAGAGUUGAAGUUAACCAAAGUUAACAGGCAAUUUGGAGCAUGGCUGCUUAGCAAAGUUGAUCCACAGCGAUGUGCCAUUAUCCCAGCAAGAAACAAGGUGAUACCCUUCUCCAGCAAGGAUGUUAACUUAUUUUUCAGUGUACCAUCCUCAGGGAAAGCUAUAGAAGCUUGUUCGCAAGAAGAAGUAGAAGUUAGGAAAGCAUAUUUUUGUGGGUUAUUUGAGAUCUCAAAUUUUAAGACACUCAAUGUAUCCUUCCUCAAAGAAAUUCUGACAAAGCAGUACUCACAUCAAUUGACCUGUGAUGAGCAAAGGGCUUUCAAGGCUGCCUUUGUUUUCUAUGUUAUGACGAAGUUGUUGGCUCCACAAUCACUGGCCAAUUUCAUCUCUCCUAGAUAUAUUAGAGCUGUUGCCGACAUUGACAAUGUUAGGGAGUAUAAUUGGUCCCAAUUUGUGGUGGACGAUCUAAAGAAAUCAGCUGACCACAUGCCCAAAAGAUUUUCAAGAUCAUCACAAGGAUCCAUAACUGGUUGUAUUGUGUUCCUACAGGCAUUAUAUUUAUCCAAUCUUGAUUUUGGUUGUGAAUACCUCACCCACGACGCGUCUCCUUCCAUAGCCGCUUUCAAUGACAUGCACGUAAACAUGAUGAUAUCGGCUGACCUGGUGACAAGAACAAACCCAGGCUACCCUUUUCCAAAAUAUGGCAAGCUAAAGCUGAGGGACACACCAAGCUCUGUAAGGCCGGAUGAUCGAAGUGUCGGAACACAAUCAGUCAUUUUGGGCUCCUCCUCGACACAAUUAGGAAGCACAGGCUCACCAUCCAUGGACUUUGUAUACGAAUACCUAAUGAGUCGUUUUAAAUCAAAGAAGCUAUCUUCAGUUGUGGGUCACGAGGCUGUUACAAGCAUCAACAACAUGGUGGAUGUGGCAAACAAUAAGUUCUAUUCAAUUAUAGACAGUAUACAUGACUUCAUAAAUCCUUUUGAUAACCCAGCUAAUGUCCAAGCAGUUCAGGAUUUAACACAAGUGCUUGAGCAAACCGUCAAGUCAUCUCUGAAGAUAGCGGUUUUAUCAACAGUUCGUAACAUUCUCAGUACAUGCCCAGAACAUGCUAAUUCCCCUGUUGGUCCACUGUCCGAUGGAAGAAAAAACAUAUCCAGCAUAGGGCCCCAGAGUACUGGAAGUAGCGAGGGAUCAGGUUACCCAAGAAGGCAAAGUGAUGGUUCAAAUGAGGAUAGCACACCAUUUGUGCACCGUCCUGUUAGAGCUUCCAGUUCUGACCUAGGUCCAUCUCAAGAAUUAGAGACUCCUAAUAAUUCUGUCACUCAUCUAGAAGUCCUAUGCAACAUUAGAGCUUCCAGUUCUGACCUAGGUCCAUCACAAGAAUUAGAGACUCCUAAUAAUUCUGUCACUCAUCUAGGUGAAGCUUCAAACAUCGACAUCACACCUGCUAUGCAUCGUCCUGAUAGUUCUUCUUUUUCAUCGGUCAUCGAACCCCCCUCUUUUGACCUAGGAAUAUCACAAGAAUUCGAAACUCCUAAGAAAUCCAACAAUCAUAAAGGACACUCAUCAAGCAAGGGAACAGCGUCACUGUCACCAGCAACUGCAACGCGUAUGACAACUCAGUGCGCCAUUGUUAUGAUCGAUGAGUAUGCGGACGAGGAUCGGAAGAGACGCAAGUAUACCGUCGAGAACCCGCCGUCACACAUGUUGAAAGAAAAAACUAGGCGCAACAUAAGGCCCAGCAAGAACCUGUUGUCACCGUUCAUAUCCAAAAGCUAUCAACCAGAGAGGCACGAUGCUGUCGUGUCCAAUGUUAUAUACUCAUACAUCAUGUCGAUAUCAGAUACGUCUACAUUGGAUGAAAUUUGGAUAGAAAGCUCUCAUCCAUUUAAGAUAUCGCUAAAAUUACGGGAUCUUCAGGACACACUCAAAAUAGGAGGCCAAAUGGACUCCGACUGCUUGAAUUUGGCUGUACGAAAACUGUAUAAUACUGAAGUUGACAUGUUUAAAAACACCAAAUUCUUGGGUUGGAGGCACUACAUCAACCAGGAUUUUGGGAUGUUUGCAGUGGCUAAUGACGACUUCUGGAACCCUGAACAUCAACUUGCCCACUUUAUUGGGCCAGAAAUAGUAUAUGAUGUUUCAGAGUGCCACAUGAUAUUACUACCGAUUCACCUAUUCAACCACUAUGUUCUGUAUGCUUUUGAUAUGGAGCAUCAAAAGCUUGCUAUACUGGAUUCUCUUUCCGAAGGCCCCUUAGGUGAAAAUCGAAUAACUAGGCAUGAGAAGUUAAGAAUCACAAUAUCAGAAUGUCUAUCUCAGUGCUUGGCAUUAGCAUUCCCGGGGUGGGAUGAAGACAUAAUAAGUUGGGAAUACGAGAUCUUGGAGAAUUUACCAGAGCAGAAAAAUUGGGAUGAUUGUGGGUUCUUUGCCUUCAACUACAUGUUCAACUGGAACGGUCACCAGCUCAUCAACCCGAUAAGUGAGGACACAGUUGAGUUAAGAAAGAAGUUCAUGAUGCAGCUGCUGACCUUCACGGGAAAUGAGGCCACUUUACCGGAUUUCGUCCACCAGCAGCUUAGCCGAAUACGGAUAUAGGCUUUACCCAAUUUUCCUAGAUAUUUUAUCUACAUCAACCAGUUUGGACAUUGAAUCACAGUUUUCAUGGACAGAUUGUCACUCAGGCUUUGAUUUUUUCUAUGGAUUGUCUAUGUAUACAAAUUUGGAUUUAUAAUA